GCUGCGUAUGACUGGUAUGAGUGUUCCAGGAGAGUUUUAUUUUGGGUUGCUAAGGGGCUUGUGCAUGAAUAGCUAAGAUUUUGGGAUGUGUGUGCUUAUUGCUUAUUAGGGUUUAAGAUUGUGGUUUUUCCAGGGAGAAAUGAGUGAUACCGUGUCUUCCUUAGUAGCCAUUACAGAGAAAAAAUCUCAUAAGCCAAGUAGUUGCACUAGUGUAAUCUUUCAGCUCUUUCACUGGAACCGCAGGAUCACGAAAAAGAAGAAAAUGCUUACCCAAGCUGGUGCAAAGCAGGCGUCGAAGAAGUUUGGAUCUGAUGACAAGCUGCCCCGGUUUCCAUUGAUUACUGAUAAAAGCAUUACGGUACCUGAUUCCGGAAAGAAGCAGGAUAUGUUAACUCCAGGCUUAGUUGCUAGGCUUAUGGGUUUGGAUUCUAUGCCCGCUGUACAGAAAACUUCUUGUUCUGAAAUCGGAAGUGGUCUGGAAACAGUUGAGGACUGCUUAUAUGGUAAACAUACUGAGAAUUCCGAAACUUUCAGCAGUAAGCAUGAAUUGAGGCCUCAGAAGCUUCAGAAGACUGGAUCAUCUGGUGCUGGCAAAUAUGCAGUGACUGGAUUUGGAGCUGAGGCUGCACCAGUUAAGAAUAUUUUGUCAAGAUCAAAGAAUUAUCAUCAGAAAUUUGCUCCACCGGUAAAGAGUUCAAUGAGCUUAUCUGGGAGACACGCAUCUAGACUGAUUGAUGCUGCUACUAGAAUUUUGGAACCUGGGCUAAAAUCGAGGAAUAGAGCUAAGUCUGUUCUACAUGAUAGUAGUAAGAAGCAUCAUACUUUUGCUAAUACAGUUAAUACUGAGGCGACCAGAGGUUCAACAGAUGGCUUGUUGGAAGGUUCUUACGUCAUGAAUGAUUCCAAGUCAGUCAACAGGUGUCACAAUCCGCUUAACAUUGUGAACUCUAGGCAAAAUUUGGUAGGACAACCAUCUGUUUCAUAUUCUGUUAACCACUCUUCCCAUGAUUUUAGUAGAGUUAGACCAAGAUCACCGAUGUCUUCCUUUGAAUCGGAAAAGGAAAAAGUGAAUCAGGAUAAUCAAGAAAAAAUCACUGCUGCAGAUCAAGCUAUGCAUAAUGCGUCAUCUUACACUGGAUCUAUUUCAUACCGGAUGCCUCUUCACAGGAAUGUCCGAAAUCGUUGGCAAUUGACAAGCCAACAGAGCAAGAGCCAACAGGAUUUGAAUUGCUUCAAUUCCUACAAACAGAAAUUUCCCACACAAAAUCAGGUGAAUGUGGUGAAUUUGCCAAGGAGCAAUGAGAGCAGGGAUUCUGUUGGCUUGAAUCGGAGUUCUAGUGGUCUAGCACAGCAACAUCUGCCUACUGAAGUGGAUAUUUUUGAAUAUGACACAGAGAGGCGUGCAAGGGACAAGGCAGAUUCUCAUGUACCUUCUGUUCGACAGAAAUCUUUGAAGGUCAUCAGAAAAGGUGGAGGUUCAGGUUUUCAGCAUUCUGGAAAUCAAAUGCAUACAAAAUCAGAUGCAGUUAGUGGAAAUGGUCAAUCACGGGUCUGCAGAGAAAGCAAAUUUACUUGUAAGCAAGAAAGUAAUAAAGCCACUGGCAGGGUCAGCGUGCAGAAUGAUGUUAUAUCCUUCACUUUCAGUUCCCCCAUGAAGCAAAAAGAAAUCCCUGAAGAAACAAGUAAAAUGGGAGAUGAAGUGUUCUGCAGCAAUGAUGUCAUUGAGCAUAUACGCUCGAAGAAAACAUUACUGCUGAAAGGAGAUACUUUAGGUACACUUAUAGAAGAAAAACUGCAGGAGCUGACAGAUCAAGAGAUUGAUGAGUUUGCAUCAGGGAGCACUCCAGAACGAACAUCAUCAAUGAUUCUUCAAGAGCUUAUGUCUGCCUUAGAUAGUGAAACGCCUUUGUAUCAUAAUAAUCUGGUUGUUGAACCAUAUGGGAGAAAUGCUACAUCCUGCUCUGGCCAUCCACCAAACUUACACGCGAGGUUCCAGCCCAAAGCGAAGAGAAUAGGAGAUCUGCAGAGCUACUCUAAUGACAGCAACUAUGGUGUGAGCCCAGUAUCUGUUCUUGAAAUUAGUGGCCUUUUCAGCUCUACAAAUUAUACCUCAGUGCAUCAACAUCAGGAUGGCUUGAUAGAGUUGCUCUGCAAUAAACCACAAGUACUAGAGCCAUAUUAUCAUCCUACAAUCUCAUUAAGCGAAGGACGACCUGGUCUCCCGCUGGUGACAGAUGUUUUCAGCGAUGCUUCUGAAUUGUUAUCCAGGGUUGGCAAUAUUGGCUCUAGACUAGGAGGAACCGAGCUUGACUAUGCAAAGGAAGUCAUUUUAAAUGCUGAACUAUUGCUCGGGAGUUCAGUGCAACGUGAUAAUGACAUGAAUAAAGGGUUUUCCGUAUCCCGUUUCCUUACUGAUGAAUUGGACACUCUUGCAAGUGUUUUAUGUGCAAAUAGCUCUUUCAGAUUCGACAACAAAAGAACUUCACUUCAAGGUUUUCUUUUUGACUGCAUUAUUGAGUACCUGGAUUCAAGAUACGGUCCUCACUUAAGGUACAAAAACAAAACACCGAGAAACCUGCCAUCAUGCAUUAAUGCUGAAGUGCUGAUUAAUGAGAUUGUCAAGGAGAUAAUGAGUUGGAAAGCCUUGGCUAGCUUGAUUCCAGAUGGUCAUAUAGAGAAGGAGAUGAGUUCUUUCCUGGACAGAUCUUUCGAGACUGAACUAUUUGAAACUGGCUCUGCAAUUGAUGAAGACAUAUUCCAGAUUUUAGUGGAUGAAAUUGUAAUUGACUUUCCACUAACCAUAUUGAACUUCUCUUAUUAAUGUAAACCUAAUCUCACUCUUUUUUUA